CAUAAACAGCUCGUCAACCACCUCCGUAGCUUGCUAGCCAACAUAGCCGAAAGAUUCAAGCUAUUUAGACGCUUUCGGUGUAUAUUAGCUACUGUGUUUUAGACACACUUAGGUCGUAUCUACUUGUUAACCUAUUUAAUAUUACGUUAUUUUGUAUCAGUCAGCUAUAGGAGCUGGCUGGUCCAAUUAGCACUAGCCUAGUCGCUAAUGAUAGCUAGCUAGCUAACGUCCCCGACCAUGAGCUCCCUAAACAUCACCUCUCCUGUUAAAGAAGAGGUGAUCUGCUGGACGGAGAAAGAAGCUCUUGUGAAAGAGGAGAAGGAAGAAGACAAUAUCACAGUAAAACAAGAAGUAGAGGGUGAGGCUGUUACAGUGACAGAAGAGAAAGACGUUACAGUGAAAGAUGCGUUCAGAGUGAAAGAGGAGGAUUUUACUGUGAAAGAAGAGGAGGAUGUAGUUUUUCGUGUGAAAGAAGAGGAGGUUGGAGAUCUGUUUAACACCAGAGAGAGACGGGACUACCGUGGGUCCUCUGGGGAGCCUCAACAACCUCAUGAUGCUGACGAGGCAGAGAAGAGUCUCUCCAGAUCAGAACACAUCAAGAAACACCAGCGGAGAUCCACAGGGAAGAAACCUCACUGCUGCUCUGACUGUGGGAAGAGAUUCACCUCCUUAGCAGGCAUUAAAAUUCAUCAGAAAAUCCACACAGUAGAGAAACCUUAUAGCUGUCAAUGUGGGAAGAGUUUUACUCAUUCAACCAGACUGAUAUCACACCAGAGAACACACACAGGAGAGAAAUCGUAUAGCUGUGGUCAAUGUGGGAAGAGUUUUGGUCAAUCUAGCACUCUGACUCUACACCAAAGAAUACACACAGGAGAGAAAUCUUAUAGCUGUACUCAAUGUGGUAAGAGUUUUACUCAGCUAAGCAGCCUGAUAUCACACCAGAGAACACACACAGGAGAGAAGCCAUAUAGCUGUAAUGAAUGUCGGAAGAGUUUUAUUCACCUAAGCAGCUUGAUGUCACACAAGAGAACACACACAAGAGAGAAAUCUUAUAGCUGUACUCAAUGUGGGAAGAGUUUUGAUACAUCUAGCCAUCUUAUUGUACACCAGAGAAUACACACAGGAGAGAAACCUUAUAGCUGUGGUCAAUGUGGGAAGAGUUUUGGUCAAUCUAGCACUCUGACUCUACACCAGAGAAUACACACAGGAGAGAAAUCGUAUAGCUGUGGUCAAUGUGGGAAGAGUUUUACUACAUCUGCCCAACUGACUCUACACCAGAGAACACACACAGGAGAGAAACCUUAUAGCUGUGAUCAAUGUGGGAAGAGUUUUACUACAUCUGCCCAACUGACUCUACACCAGAGAACACACACAGGAGAGAAACCUUAUAGCUGUGAUCAAUGUGGGAAGAGUUUUGCUGCAUCUAGCACUCUGACUCUACACCAGAGAAUACACACAGGAGAGAAACCUUAUAGCUGUGAUCAAUGUGGAAAGAGUUUUGGUCGAUCUGGCCAGCUGACAUCACACCAGAGAAUACACACAGGAGAGAAACCUUAUAGCUGUGAUCAAUGUGGAAAGAGUUUUGGUCGAUCUGGCCAGCUGACAUCACACCAGAGAAUACACACAGGAGAUAAAUCUUAUACCUGUGGUCAAUGUGGGAAGAGUUUUACUACAUCUAGCAUUCUGACUGUACACCAGAGAACACACACAGGAGAUAAACCUUAUACUUGUGGUCAAUGUGGGAAGAGUUUUACUACAUCUAGCUCUCUGACUGUACACCAGAGAAUACACACGGGAGAGAAACCUCAUAGCUGUGAUCAAUGUGGGAAGAGGUACACUGAUAAAAGAUCUCUGAUUAAACAUCAGAAAAUACACACAGGAGAGAAACCAUUUAGCUGUGUUCAAUGUGGGAAGAGUUUUGAUCAAUCUUGCCAUCUAAUUCAACACCAGAGAACACACACAGGAGAGAAACCUUAUAGCUGUGAUCAAUGUGGGAAGAGUUUUAGUCAAUCUGGACAGCUGACAGUGCACCAGAGAACACACACAGGAGAGAAGCCUUACAGCUGUGGUCAAUGUGGGAAGAGUUUUACUACAUCUAGCAAUCUGACGACACACCAGAGAACACACACAGGAGAGAAACCUUAUAGCUGUGAUCAAUGUGGGAAGAGUUUUGAUCAAUCUGGACAGCUGACAGUGCACCAGAGAAUACACACAGGAGAGAAGCCUUACAGCUGUGGUCAAUGUGGGAAGAGUUUUACUACAUCUGGUCAUCUGACUCUACACCAGAGAACACACACAGGAGAGAAACCUUACAGCUGUGAUCAAUGUGGGAAGAGUUUUGGUCAUUCUGGCACUCUGACUUUACACCAGAGAAUACACACAGGAGAGAAACCUUAUAGCUGUGGUCAAUGUGGGAAGAGUUUUACUCAGUCAACCAGCCUGAUAUCACACCAGAGAACACACACAGGAGAGAAACCUUAUAGCUGUGAUCAAUGUGGGAAGAGUUUUACUACAUCUAGCAAUCUGACUCUACACCAGAGAACACACACAGGAGAGAAACCUUGUAGCUGUGAUCAAUGUGGGAAGAGUUUUUGUCAAUCUAGGGAUCUGACAGUGCACCAGAGAACACACACAGGAGAGAAACCUUAUAGCUGUGGUCAAUGUGGGAAGAGUUUUACUACAUCUGGCUCUCUGACAUUACACCAGAGAACACACACAGGAGAGACACCUUAUAGUUGUGGUCAAUGUGGGAAGAGUUUUACUACAUCUAGCAAUCUGACUCUACACCAGAGAACACACACAGGAGAGACACCUUAUAGCUGUGGUCAAUGUGGGAAGAGUUUUACUCAGUCAACCAGCCUGAUAUCACACCAGAGAAUACACACAGGAGAGAAACCUUACAGCUGUGGUCAAUGUGGGAAGAGUUUUACUACAUCUGGCCAUCUGACUCUACACCAGAGGAUACACACAGGCGAGAAACCGUAUAGCUGUGGUCAAUGUGGGAAGAGUUUUGGUCGAUCUGGCCAGCUGACAUUACACCAGAGAAUACACACAGGAGAGAAACCUUACAGCUGUGGUCAAUGUGGGAAGAGUUUUACUACAUCUGGUCAUCUGACUAUACACCAGAGAAUACACACAGGAGAGAAGCCUUAUAUCUGUGAUCAAUGUGGGAUGAGUUUUACUUCAUCUAGCCAGCUGACUUUACACCAGAGAACACACACAGGAGAGAAACCUUAUAUCUGUGAUCAAUGUGGGAUGAGUUUUACUACAUCAAGCCAUCUGAUUCGACACCAGAGAACACACACAGGAGAGAAACCUUAUAGUUGUAAUCAUUGUGAGAAGAGUUUUCCUACAUCUGGCCAGCUGACUUCACACCAGAGAACACACACAGGAGAGAAACCUUAUAGCUGUGAUCAAUGUGGGAAGAGUUUUACUAGAUCUAGCUAUCUGACAGUGCACCAGAGAACACACACAGGAGAGAAACCUUAUAGCUGUGAUCAAUGUGGGAAGAGUUUUACUAGAUCUAGCUAUCUGACAGUGCACCAGAGAACACACUCAGGAGAGAAAUCGUAUAGCUGUGACCAGAGAUAAUCUGAUAAAAGAUCUCUGACUAAAUUUCAGAAAAUACAUGAAGGAGUUGUUUCAUGAUUUCAAUGAAAUGAUGUCACAAUGUAGAAUGUUUUAACAUUGUAGUAGGAGUGUUUUAAUGAUGUCACAAUGUAGAACCCUAAAUGUUUGUCCCCUGUUCUAUUGAUUUCAGCAUGAUAUGGAUAUUAGCCUCAGGGGGAAAAUCCAGGCUCUGAAUUGGAAGAGUACUAUUUAUAUGAUUUAACAAAAAGUGACUAACACAAAAAGAGCUGUGUUACACUUACCACGUUGGUGACCCACUUGAAUUAAAAUGCAACACUUCAAAAAUGAAAAUAAAAUCUAGGCUCUGAAAUGAAAGAGUACUAUUUAUGAGAUUUAGUAAGUACACAUUAUUCCCAGAUUCCGUGUGGUUUUGAGCUGUUAGUUUUAACAGGACGUGCAACCUCAUCUCCCUCCUGUCGCACAAAUGAUUUUAGCAUGAUAUCGAUGAGUUAUGACAAAUAAGUGUUGCGUUCCUUUGUUUAGCGACCCCUACAUUUAAAUGCAUUCCAACAUCACGUACAACCUGAUUUCCCCCCUAAUCGAUAUCAGUGAUUUAUUGCUACUUGUCAAAACAACACUGUUUCUGGUGCUUGUGCAGUUUAUAAGGAGCUUGUUUAAAAAAAUACAAGAAUUAUGAUUAUUGUGGCAGUUUGUGUAAAUAGCACAUGUUAUGUUUAGGUUUUCAAUUUAUCCCAAACUGUUUCUGCAUAUUGGUUAUUGAUUUGGACACGUUAAAACUGUGUUUUGACAUUGAGGCUAUCCCACCUAGCACAAUGUAAUUGAAAAGACGUUGAAAAUAAGACUAUGCAAUCAACAACAAA